GACUUCCCUUGCAGACAGGCAUUUCCCAGCAGUGUGAUUUUGCAAAUCUGUACUUCCGUGAUUAGUCUCAAAAGUCAUUUAAUAGUAGUGUGCUCUGCUUUGGAAAGGAACACUUCUUUUUAAAAGUGGGCAUACUGACGGGCAGCCUCUGAAAAACUGUAGCCGGAGAAGAACUUCAACUCUUAUGAUGGACACUAGUCUUUUGCUUUCCAUCCUAGCCCUGCUGCACAUUGUGGUCCAGCAAGGAGCAUCUUCAGCUCUACAUCCCCCUAAACUCACUGUCAGACCCAAAUAUGCUGAAUAUUUUGAAGGCGAGAAGGUUAAGUUCAGAUGCUCAGCUUUGAAAAAUAGGACUGUGGAAGAGUAUCGGUUCUUCGAUGGAGAUGGGCAACAAAUCCACAGAAUGCCUCCUGAUCCUUAUCGAGAGGGCAGCAUGGCUUUCAGCGUUCAACUGACCAGCACUGGAAAUUACACCUGUGACUACUGGUUGAAGAAAGAUGAUACAAGGACCAUUUCAGCACCAAGUGACAGCAUCUCCCUGCAUGUAACAGAGGCCCCUGCAGCUCCAUCUCUCUCUUUGGAACCAUUGGGAGACUGGGUCAACUUAGAAUGUACCGUUCCACCUGAAACAAAGGAUGUCAAAGAAUUCCAGUACUCUGGUGGCAGGAUAUGCAUCUCAGCCAUGAUGGUGAAUGGCAGCAGCCACACGCAUGGCGUUAACAUCACAGAACCAAAAGAUAUGGGGAAAUGCCGCUGCCGUUACAUCCUACAACUUGCUGGGAGGAGAGUAGCGUCUAAGUGGAGUAACCCUGUCUCCACGGAUGUUGCAAAACUACAUGUUGGAUGGGAACGGAUGUUGGCUGUCGGAGGCUCCUUCUUCGCCAUCAACGGUCUUAUCUUCUUAAUCUCCCAUUUCUUUUUUUAAGAUUCAGAUCUUCUCUUCAGAUAACCCAAAUAACACAUGAUGCUCUGGCCUGGCUGCUUUUUUUGUCAUCUGGAGUGUCAACCUCUCAAAUCCAUUUCCUAGAAGAACCUGUCUUUAUCUGAAACCACUUUGUGGAGAAAAGGGACAGGAACCCUAUGACCCCUCAUAACAUAAAGGAGGGGAAGCCCAAGUUUUCUGGAGAAUUUGGUUUUUGGCUGAGAUGUUCCUGGUUAUGUUAUAUUUGUAGAUUUUAAGGGCUUCAUAAUGGAAUAGAGAAAAUACUUUUUUCUGUUUCAGGAACAAUCUCAAUGGAAUUGUAAUCUAAUGGGUGAACACUAGGUUUGUGCAUUUCAGAUGAAUUGCUAUCCAUUUCUGCUUGCCAGAUACCAGAAGCCCCCCAUAUCCAUUUUUGCAUGCCUCCCAGAAACGAGCAUACUGCUGAAUGGGCGUUUUUGUUCCGCAUCUUUAAAAAGUGGCUCUUUUCGACCCGUUGGCAGCAAUGGGCAAUUUAUGAGGCUCUGCUUUCUAUUCCUGGGACCCUUUCCUUUCUUCCCUUCAAGGGAGCCUGGGUUUCAGCAGUGGGGUUAAGGAAGCACUCUUCCUGGGAGCCUUUCCUUUCUUCCCUUCAAGGGAGCCUGGGUAUCAGCAAAAGAGUUUAGAAAGCACCCUAUCCAGCCCAUUUUGGGAGGGACUUCCCUCAUGCGCCCCUUCCACAGCCUUCAUUAAGACCUGGAUUUUUAAAAGCAUCAGAGUUAAGAUACCACUCUUUCUGGAUCAUUUCCCUUCUGUUUGUAGAGGCGGAGACCAGGUUUAAUGUUUCUUAAAGCUGUUUCUACCACUACAGGAGAAGCAGGCAUGUGUGCUUUAUCUCCAGCAACAGCAGCACACCUGAUUUCUAAAACAUUUUAAGGAGGAAAGGAAGAACGAUGACUUGGAGCUCAGUGGAGCUAUCCUCCCUGGACUACUUUUAAAAUCCCCUCUCUUUUCUCUAAUGUCUACAAUAUACUUUCUGCUUGGGGUUCUACUACUAAUAAUAAUAAAUAAAUAAUAAUAAAACUUUAUUUAUACCCCGCUACCAUCUCCCCAAGGGACUCGGUGCGGCUUACAUGAUACAACAAUACAAGCAAUACAAGCAAUAACAAGUACAAUACAAAGCAAUUAAAAAAUAAAUCACAUACACAUAUAGCAUAAACAUUAAACAAGGUACAGUGCACAUUUAAAAUCUAGGGCUGGGCCAAAUGUAAAUGAAGUUUAAAAAAUAAUGCUAGGCAUGGACAAGUUACAGGAGAUGGGGCGUUGAUGGAGACAUGCAAGCAGUCCUAAAUCGAUUUUUUACUUCCUUAAAGCUGUUUCUACUUUCUACUCUAGAGGAGAGGUAGACUUCUCUUUUUGUUUGCUGGGAUUUAUUAUUAUUAUUAUUAUUAUUAUUAUUAUUAUUAUUAUUAUUAUUAUCUUUUAGAAGUAUUUUCUGAAGGAGGGAAAGGGAAGGAGAAAAAUAAGGUAAAGGAUGAUUCUCCAAGCCCCCAAACAUGCAAGUGUACAACCCACCUCCCGUCCUUCAGGUCCCCAACUCCUAG